AGAGACGCUCAAAAAAUGGCUAUCGUAUCCAAGAGACAAGCCACACGAGACGAACCAUCAUAUGCAAGGUUUAACUUGAGAAGGAAUACAUUUGUUAAAAUCAAGAAUCAAGAACCAACACAGAAUC